AUGCCUGCACCACCUAAACAACGCAAGAUUGCUAUUGUAGGUAGUCGAUCUGUCGGCAAAUCUUCACUUACUGUACAAUUUGUCGAUGGUCACUUUGUAGAAAGUUAUUAUCCGACCAUCGAAAAUACUUUCAGCAAGGUCAUCAAGUACAAAGGGCAAGAAUUCGCCACUGAGAUCGUUGACACAGCUGGUCAGGAUGAAUACAGUAUCUUAAAUUCAAAGCAUUUCAUUGGUAUUCAUGGCUAUGUGCUUGUCUAUUCUGUUGCUUCCAUGCAAUCCUUUGAAAUGGUAGAAGUCAUUAAGGAUAAGAUCUUGAAUCACUUGGGUACUGAGUGGGUUCCAAUCACAAUUGUUGGUAACAAGAGUGAUCUUCGACCAGAGCAGCGUCAGGUCACUGCUGAGCAAGGCAAGGCAUUGGCUGAGAAAAUCAAGUGCGCUUUCACUGAAGCAAGUGCACGUUAUAACGAGAAUGUUACCAAGGGAUUCGAACUCAUGAUUGAGCAAAUCGAGAAAGGUGAAAAUCCUAAUGAGCCUUCAGGGGAUUCCAAAUGUAUUCUCAUGUGA